AUGCAUAAAAUUGCCCAUUCGAAUAGGUCAUCUGGGAUCGUAAUUGAGAGCCACAACGAAGCCACUAAUGGGAUGGCUGAGUGUCGAAUUUCAGAUGAGGGAAUUCGCAAUCCCGUUGGUUCCAUAAGGUUAAACCGUCGUUCAGAAGAACUAGAAGGCCGUAAUAAAUCAGUGGAGAUUGCAAUGAUUAGCGACGAUAAGGACAUUAACGAAGAAGCAGUGCGUCAGAUUUUAAAUGAAGGAAUUUACUGCCCGCUAUCAGAAGUCACCGUUUUGGAAGGAUCGACUAGUGUUCCCUCUACUAGGAAUUCUGCACGUCACUUGAACAGCUUCAAGGUAUCAACUGGUAAUGAAAUGGUAAACAAUAAUGUAGAAGGCUUUGAGGAAUCAGAAUGUAUACUUUCAUUAAACUGUAUCAUAGAACGUAACGAGGAUUCAAUAAAUAGGAUUUCUGAAGGCAAUAGUAACUGCCCCAAAACGGAAGUUGACGUACCAUGCACACCCUCUACAAGAAACACAGUGAUAUCUAUGGUGAGUAGUAAUUUAGAAGCUAAUUCUGAAACAGGACGCACAAUGUCAGAGGAAGGAGUUAAGUGCGCAUCAACAAAAGGUGUUACAUCAUUAAGAUCUCUCAAAGUAUCAACCGUAAGAAAUUCUACAUUCGAAAUGAAUGAUUUUAGUGGACUAGUCGAUAUCGACAUGAUGAUUGAUAUUUCAGAUGACGACAAAGAGGCUGAUUACAAACUAGCCAAAGUAGAGACUGAAAAAUUGUUCAGAAAUUCAUCCGUAAAUUCUUCCGUCGAAUCAAACAAUUUUAGCGAAGUAGUCAACAUUGUACCAGUGAAAAUAAUACAAAAGGAUGGAGACAAAGCCAGAGGUAGUCAAUCAUCUCAUCGGCUUAAACUUACAAGAAUUGAACCUGGCGCACUGACUACACUUUCCGCCGCAAUGUCUAAAACUUGA